AUGCCCAAGUGCGGCGCAGCCCCCUCCAGUCUGGAGAUCGAUCUCUCCAGUCUGGAGAUCAACGACUUUGUUAAGCAAGGGUUACACGGUACGCUGUUCUGCGGCAAGUACCAUGGCCGCGACGUCGCCGUGAAGCUGCUCGAGUGGGGACGGGACGGCCACUCCACGCCGGAAGAGAUCGUCCGCCUUGGAGACUCGCUGCGGGACGCGGUCGACGCCUGGCACGAGAUGGACCAUCCGAACAUUGCCAGGCUCGUCGGCGCAUUCGUUGGUAUCUCGCCACCACCGGACACAACGUCCUUCGUCCUGGUCGAGCAUCUCACCGGAGGAACAUUGAAGGACCAUCUUAUCAAGCAUAUCAACUGCAAAUUAUCGUACCAGAACGCCGUCAACUUCGCGCUGUCAAUGGCGAGAGGGUUGAGCUACCUACACUCGAGGAAGAUCGUGCACCGCAGUGUCAAGACCGAGAAUAUGCUCCUCGACGACAAGCUCAACCUCAAGAUUGUGGACUUUGACGUGGCCUGCAUUGACUCUGACCCAAAGGACAUAACCGCAGUGACAGGCACACCGGGCUACAUGGCGCCGGAGGUGCUUACCGAAAAGUCGUAUAACUACAAGUGCGACGUGUACAGUUUUGGCAUUUGCCUAUGGGAAAUCUACUGCUGCGAGAUGGCCUACAAGGACGCCAGCUUCGCUGACAUCAAAUCAGCGGUUCUCAACAAGCACCUAAGACCCAAGAUCCCAAAGUGUUGCCCACGAGACAUGGCACGCAUUAUGAGGAGGUGCUGGGACGCCGAGCCGGCGUCACGUCCAGAGAUGCAGGAGGUGGUGGAAAUGCUGGAGAAGCUCAACACCAAGAAAGGCCAUGGCAUGGUACCAGCGGGAGAGCCUUCCGGUUGCUUCUGUUUCUCUAUUAGGCGUCGUAGCCUUUAG